CCAUUAUGCAUAACAAACUCGACGUCCUUAUUUUUCCGCAUUAUCUUCAGUAUUUUCCGGACUUUCACUGUCGUAAAUGCUACGAGUCUUACCGUAAAAAAACUGAAGAAAAUUUAUCGGGAAAAUCGCGGUCAAUUUUACUGUCCAAAACGUUAUCGUGACGCGAAAUGUAGUUAAAAUUACUUUGCGUGAAGAGAAUCUCACGAUUUUGCCAGGAAAAAAAUAUCUCUUGUGGGAGUGGAGAUUACGAUUAGAUAUAACGAGAAAAAGGACUUGAACCAGUUCAAGUCCUUUGAUAGUUUACCUUAAUGGCAAAUUUGACACGGAUUGCUCAGUGAUUUUUGGGAAAUCAUUUACGUAUAUUGGGGUUUAUCAGCAAUUAUUGACACAUUCCUGAGAUUAAGAAGACGAGGAAAAGACUGAAAUUCACAAUCAACCUUUACCCCCUUCCCCUAAAAUAUUCUCGAUCUUAAAAAAAUAAAUAGAUUAUCCAGGAAUAGACGUGUUUGCCUGGUCGGUAUUGAAAGUUUCCUCACGAAUUUCUCUUCAUACAGUCCACUCACGAUAAUAAAAAAAAUUUUAACGUGGACUCACCUAAGCUUCAGGACUCCCAAAAACUGAUGGUCUUUAACGAAGUGUAUCGAUCUCACUUGACUUAUAUGUAGAGCCAUGGUCCCAAUAUCAAUGAAACUUAUCAUCUGUUUCCUCCUUAUCACCACAAGAAUUGAACGACACGAACCAAAAAAUACUCUGGUAUUCGAUUGUAAUCAAUCAUUGCCAUAACCCGUAAUUAAUCUGUUAAAAAAAUCUCCCGAUAUCACUCGAGUAGAAGUAAUCACAUCGCGAGGAUUUGUGCAAACAUCUGGGUGAAAGACAUGCACAAGUUCUCGAGUACUAAUGAUUCUCGAGUCCUCAAAGUAGUGUAAGUGCUAUUGAAAACUGUAACACCCACUCGACAGUCGCAAACUUGAGGAUCACCAACGAAACCAGGAUGAAGAAACUCUGAUUGGAGUGGUUUAGGCUCUCUCUACUCGUGAUAUUUUACCCAAACUCACUCGAAUCAUUUUCCCACCCUCGAUUCCUUACCCACUUGUACUUGAAGAACCCGGGGGUAUUUUACCUCGGCCUCUUCGAUGCCCCCCCCCCCCUCGUCAAAACCUCGGGCAUUAAUCCUACUCGGGCACAAUGACAUAUAUCACACCACGUGUUUUCCUUCCAUCAUUCUUGGAAAUAUGAGGAGGGAAAAGAAAGAAAUCACUGAAUUAAUCAUCUUGCAAGCUGGGCUUGAAAUACGUGACUGGAAAAAAAAUCGUAAUUAACGAAAUAUACGGAGGCAAACAAAGUCAAUGGACACUGUACACUCUAAAAAUGAAUUAUGUCUGGUCAGAAACUACUUUUGAAAAAAAUUAAAAAGCAGUUGAAGACAAUGCGCUUAUCUCAUCGAAUCUCGCGAAGCAACCGCCGAGCGUCAGCAACCGGCCCAAGCUCGGCUCAAUCUCGGCGGACCCAGCUAUGGAAAACAAUCAUGAAUCAUAAUUCAUCCAAUGGUUGAGCCAGUCUUCCGCCGAUUGUGGAGUGAAACUUCUCCUACGGGCUAUCCCUGAGAAUCAUCACAUCCUUCCUCUACAAUGCCAGCCACCGGCCACCCCUAAUCUGAGGUCACAAAGUGGAUAGAAAAUUGAGGAUAGGGAGAAGGACACGAUGACUGGUGAAACGGUGAUGUAGCUGUCGCUGAAGGAGGGUCACAGCCGGUCUACAACCAUCCUACUCCUUUACUUUCCGCAAGUGGCAUCCCACCCUCCUCCUCCCUCAGCCUUCCCCACUCACAUCCCCUUUUUCUCACCCAUCCAGCGUGUUGGGUCUUGAGUGCCGGCGAGUUCGGCCACUGUCUUGAAAAACAGAGAGGCGUCCAGACGUCGUCAUUGACGUGAGGCGCGAAGGGGAGUGGAGAGGAGUGGCGCGAGUACGAUGGCGAUGACGAGAGGUCGUAGCGCCCUCCUGAACGUGGAAACACUGGUGGUCCUGACUGUUGUUGUUGCGACAACCCUAGAUUUUGGCGCCAGGGCAUCACCAUCCCACAGAAGUAGACAUCAUGCUGACCUAUCCCACGAGGAGAUGAAUCAACAGAGUUCACUGAGCCAACAACAGCACCAGCCCCAGCAGCAGCAACAGUCGAAGCGAAUACCCCAUGUGAUGGAGGAGCCACUGCCCCGUGCAGAGGCGCAGAGUAGUCCAGACGAUCCUCUAGUGGUGCAAACGAGGAAAGGACGUGUACGAGGCAUGACAUUGACAGCACCAAGUGGCAAGAAAGUCGAUGCCUUUUACAGCAUACCCUAUGCCCAAAAGCCCAUUGGACGUCUCAGAUUUCGGCAUCCUCGGUCUGUUGACAAAUGGGAUGGGAUUUUAAAUGCCACCAAAUUACCAAAUAGUUGUGUGCAAAUAUAUGACGAGGUGUUUGGUGAUUUCUCUGGUGCAACCAUGUGGAAUCCCAACACUGAACUCAGCGAGGACUGUCUAUACGUGAAUGUCGUGGUGCCUCAUCCCAGGCCGAGCAAUGCGGCUGUCAUGGUGUGGAUAUUUGGCGGUGGAUUUUACUCUGGUUCGGCUACCCUUGAUGUUUACGACGCCAAGACAAUCGUCUCCGAGGAGAACAUCAUACUCGUAUCCAUGCAAUACAGGGUAGCGAGUCUCGGUUUCCUCUAUUUCGGCACAGCAGACGUACCUGGCAAUGCUGGACUAUUUGACCAGACAAUGGCGCUACAGUGGAUCCGAGACAAUAUAGCAGCAUUCGGGGGCAACCCCGAGAAUAUAACGCUUUUCGGUGAAAGUGCCGGAGCGGUUUCUGUAUCCAUGCAUCUACUUUCUCCGUUAUCUAGAAACUUAUUCAAUCAAGCGAUAAUGCAGUCUGGUUCGCCAACAGCACCCUGGGCGAUAAUAUCACGUGAAGAGUCAAUAGUACGUGGACUGCGACUAGCUGAGGCAGUGGAGUGUCCGCACGAUCGGAAUGAUCUUCAGAAAGUGAUUGAUUGUUUGAUGGAAAAAGAUCCCCGGGAACUCGUGAAAAAUGAGUGGGGUACACUCGGCAUAUGUGAAUUUCCAUUUGUCCCAGUUAUUGAUGGUGCUUUUCUCGAUGAGACACCAGCACAAUCGCUGGCAACAUCAUCAUUCAAAAAAGCCAAUAUCCUCAUGGGCUCAAACUCUGACGAAGGCUUUUAUUUCAUUAUUUAUUAUUUGACAGAACUAUUUCCCAUUGAUGGAGCUGAUGAUGUUAAAGUGUCGCGUGAAGAAUUCGUCAAAGCUGUGGCUGAAUUAAAUCCGUAUGUGAAUCAAUUUGGAAGACACGCGAUAACUUAUGAGUACACUAAUUGGUUACAUCCCGAUGAUCCGGACGCUAAUCGUGAUGCGUUGGAUAAAAUCGUUGGUGAUUAUCAGUUUACGUGUAACGUUAAUGAAUUUGCUGGUCGUUAUGCUGAGACUGGUAAUACAGUUUAUAUGUAUUACUAUAAGCACAGAUCAGUGCAUAAUCCAUGGCCGAGGUGGACUGGUGUUAUGCAUGCCGACGAAAUAAGUUAUAUAUUUGGUGAACCACUGGAUUCCAGUAAAAAGUACACCAAGGAGGAGGUACAUUUGUCCAAGAGGAUGAUGCGUUAUUGGGCCAAUUUCGCCAAGACUGGAGAUCCGAAUAUGGGAGACGACGGCUCGUGGACAGAAGCCUUCUGGCCCCCUCACACAUUCAAGGAUAAAGAGUAUCUCACACUUGACACAAACACGUCGGACAUCGGCAAUGGCAUCCGAACGCGCCAGUGUGCAUUCUGGAAGAAAUAUCUACCCCAACUACUCGCUGCAACCUCCAAACUGGAGAUGUCCUCAAAGGAAACAUGCGGCAGUGGCAGCCACAGUCUUCAUCACACCCUGAUAAUCACUCUGGCAUUAAUCAGUAUCUUAAUAAACACGGGAGUACCCAGCAGCAUGUUGUCAUCAUCAAGGAGCAUCCUCGUCUAGUCAACGAGCAACAACACAUAAGUAUCUUCCCUUUCACUCAACUCACUUCCAACUAUUAAUUUACCAAGUGUUUUACUCCAUUCGUUCAAUGGAAAUUGCGUAUUCGGGGGAGCUGGCAGGGUCUAGCCCUCCCAGGACGUCAGGUUUUUAUUUGUCUUGCAUUAUGUUGGGGAGGGCCUUUUAUCACGAAAAUUAUUUUACUAACAAACAAAAAUAUAUAGUACGAUAUAAAACAACGGCAGACAUAUCAGGCUGGCGCGCGCGCUCCAGGGUUUUACCGGGGAUAAUCGAGCGACGAUGGUUGAACGUUGCCCGAGGGAAUCGCUUCCUCGAGCCGCCUCGCGGGAAGAACGACGAGGCCCUUGGGGACAUCAAGGGAAUUUUCUAACCACUCCUUUCCCCUUUUACUUGUUCUCUUUUCUACGGACAUUCACAUCUCAAAUAUUUCGCAGUGGGAAAAUUAAAGGGGGGAAUGGAACAGUGGAUGAAAAAAUAGAGAGACAAAGUCAUUUGGUCGAUUUACCUGAAGUACUGUUUAAACUGCUCCAUUUAUUCUCGUGGAAAUCCAAAGGAAUAAGAUUUAUCCUUAAGAAUUUUUGCUGAUUUUUUUUUAACGGAGGAAGAAAAAAUUCGCUAGAAAUUUCAAUCGGAGUUGUAUUGAACUUUCUAUGGUAAUUUUUUUCUUAUCAAACUUCAGUUAUUAUUACUGCAGGUAUAUAUGCACACACUGGUACAUAUCUGCCUGCCAGAUGAUGGAUAAAGCCGCAGUUAAUAAAAAUAUUUGAGAAUAAAAUUUCCGAUACUACCCUACCAUCUCAAUGAAGUACCGGAGUAAUUCAUUCAACCGAAGUUAAUGAAUCCCAGUCAAAUAAAAUUGAUCGCUCUCAGUUGUAAAAACAGCUCAAAAAUUGAUUAAUCAUAGAUUCAUAACGCUACAGAGACUGUCCCACUUGGCAAUUCUCGAUUCCAAAGUUUGUUUUUAGUAUUGAAAUAUCUUUUUCUGCUGUCGUCGCACGAUUCUCCGCGUAAUCCCACUUCUCCGUACUGUCGAAAUUGGGACAAAACCGUAUUACCCAGUGUUAAAACGAGUUGAAAUUAAAGUUGGUAGAUGAGAAAAAAUUCAUCUCCGAGGAAUUUGCGUAUCACGAAAUCCCGACCAAAUCAAAUUCUGAGUUUUUCAUCAAAUCAGGAGAAGUGACGAAGGUAAAAAAAAUACGAGUGGAAUAAAAAUAGAGGAGAGAAUUCUUUUUUUUUACCUCUCUUCCACUGUCAUCAGUUAAUUCGUUUUUGCGCUCGGGUUGAAGCGGUUCUUUCUCUCGGUUUUUUCUUCCUGCAAUCGUUCGAGCGUCAGACAAAAAAAAAAUAUGUAAAAAGUACUCUAGCAUAAGUGAGAAAAGGAGCGAACGAGAGAUGUGUUAGAGCGAGUUGAAGAAACCGCACGUGUAUGCAUCCACCCUGCGGCUAGACGAGACAACCGCGUAGUACCAAAGCACUAUAAAGAAAUACUAAAAAAAAAAAUAAAAA